AUGAAAGCGCCAACAUGGGAUUUGCCAAACGCUAAAUCUUUGAAUUACAAAGAUGACCAAAAAAAAAUUCGAGUGUUUUUUGAGGAUGAAAUAAAAACAAUGAGCUCAUCAGGGUCUAAUGUGCCGA